CGGCUUUACUUGUAACAUAUAAUUCCCAAGAGGGUAAAGGUGAAGACUAAUUCUCUCUCUCCACCGAAACCGAUCGGCCCUCUGUUGUAGCCGCCGCCGUGCUUCCCCGUCUUUUCUUUUCCGAGCAACUCCUCGGAUUUAAAGGGACGAAAUCUCGAACAGACGGUUUCCGUGGAAAGGAGUCCGAGGCUUGAUAUCUGCUUGUUCACUUACCAAAGGUCCUGAGGAAAAUCCCCUUUUAACUUAAGUGGAUGAAAGGAAAGGAUUCGUGUACAACUGAAGGAUUACAUCAAAAAUUAGCCGGAAGCCACCUAAACCACUGAAAAGUCACCAACAGACUCUUCAUUUAUUGCUACAACCUCGAUAUGAAAGGAGUUGAAGGUUCCGCUAUAGUUCUAAUGCAAGGGGUCUCAGCCAUCAGGCCACACUGCAGCACCACAAUGCCAGCAGAUGCACAAAGAAGCAGCAGGAUUACCAGUAGGAGUAUCAAAAAGAAGCUGCAAGAAAUUACCCACGCCAUUCUUGCUGCAGUCCCGGAAUCUCUGCAGUCCCGGAAUCUAGGAUGAUCUCAUGUAUUUAUUAGAGUGGUGGCAGCAUUUAUUGACACUGGUAUCUGUGUGUCAGUUAUCAUUUCCUGAAGCAGUGACAUAAAGAGUCAACCCGCAGAGGUUGAUAAAGUUGGUUUGCAGAAGUAUAACUUGUGAGGUAAGGAAUACCUUUCUGGCCUUUUCAGGGUUUAGAGACAUGCAACAUGCCCUCUAGAAACUACUCAAAGAAGAGCUGUGAUCUGCAUCUCAAGAAUGGGAAGACAUCUCUUCAUUGUCUGGCAUGCGAUGAGUUGAUGAAACUGCAGUUCACUUGACAAGUUAGCAAUUUCGGUUUAGUAAAAACCAUUGACUGUUGUAAUACAAAGACACUUAAUUGAUUCCUCUGAGAUUUUGGAGAUGAAUCGUGACAAUGUAUGGAGCCAUAGACUCCCUGAUCCUUGCUUAAAUUUGGGCAAUUGCAUUUUUAUCCUCGCUGAAGAAAAUAAAGCAGUAGGCAGUGCAUCAAGUUCCAUGGCUUAUCAUACCCUAAACUCUAACACAAAUUUCUCAUCAAGUUCCAAUUCCGAUUUGGUGAACUACAGAGCAGCUAAUACAGGACUAUCAUGUGAUCCCCAUAUACACCACUCUUCUGUCAACAGAUCUUGUAUAAUUCCUCAUAUUAAUACAAAUGGUGGAUCUUACGAUAAUCAGCUUGAAAUUAGAGUCUCAACUAAUGCCAGCAACUCUGAAGCAGACUAUGAAAGGGCGUAUUUUAAAAGAAAAUCCUUUUCGCAUCCCAUGGCUCUUGAUGGAAGAAACUCAGAUGAAUAUUACAGUGCUAGAAGCUCAAAUGGAGUUUCAAUUUCAUCUGAUCAAUAUAUGCCAAACCCAAUCUUAGGGCCUCAUUCCUUGCCCCAUAAUUCAAUCUGCUUGCCUCCUGGAUACACAAGCAACAGACCCUUAACUAUUGAUGAAGGAUCCGGAUGUCAUAGAAAUGUUAGAAGCCGGCAUGGCCUUUCCCUUCAUAUGGAAAAUAACUUGAUUGGUCCUCAUGCAUCAAGCAGCCUGUCUCAUCACUUUCAUCAAACUACAAGCACUUCAGGUGAUGCAGCCAUGCCCUUGGAUUAUGGCAGAAGGUUUCUAUCUUCAGGUUUCUUCCAUCAUGAAAUGAACCAGCCCAUUGCGAGCAGCGGGGCUGACGCCGAUAUGGAAAUUGCUGAAGGAUUUUCCUCAAAUAUAGUUUUGAGUCGGCAUAGAGCCACUUUAGUGCCAACCCUUGCUGUUAUUCCAAUGCAAGAUGACAUUAACUAUGGGCACAGACUAAAUCCUUACAGUUCCUCUUCAAGCUAUACUACUGUGGGAUUGCCAGGGACAGUGGGGGAUGCUAGACAGUUUGGAAAUGAAGUUUUGCCUCAUUUGAGACAUCACAGGAAAUCAUCAAUACUUGGGCAGAGUAGCGAAAGAUAUGGACGGACGAGAAAUUCUUAUGAUAGUUUAAGCUAUAGAAUGAACGCUCUUGCGAAUGAGGAACGUGCUCAUGGUAGCUGGAAUGAUGAGAGUGCAAUGAUGAUCGAUAGAUCAAUAUUUAAUGACCAUCAUACUAUGCUUGAUCAGCAUCGAAACAUGAGAAUGGAUAUAGACAACAUGAGCUAUGAGGAACUAGUUGAUUUAGGUGAAAGAAUUGGAAAUGUAAGUACUGGCCUCUCUGGAGGUGAUAUGGCCAAGUGUUUGACAAGUGCGAUAUACUCUUCUGGCGUGAUCCAAGAUGUAGAUGAAGGGAGCUGUGUGAUUUGCCUAGAAGAAUACAAGGAGGGGCAGAGCAUUGGGAGGCUGAAUUGCAGACAUGAUUUCCAUUCCAGAUGCAUCAAGAAAUGGCUUCUUAUUAAGAAUGCAUGCCCAAUUUGCAAAUCUGCUGCUUUAGGAGACAAAGUAAAAGGCAAACAGGUUCUAUUGAUGUAAUUUUAGUAAAUUGCUAGAACUUUAUCUCAUAAUUAUCUCAUCCUUGUAAAUAAGAUAAUAUUCAAGUAGAGAUUCAUGAAUAUUGAUAAAUUCAAAUGCUUAUCGUUUCUUAAAUGUUAAUGGUGUUUCUUCCGUUUGGUA